AUGGAGUCGAAGGAGAGUCGCCAAUUUCCUUCGAACACGAUUUUCCGCACUCAAUGUUCAAUCGAAGAUACUAUCGACUGGAAAGAGGAAGCAAAGCGGCUACGAGGGGAGAUGCACGCUUUGAAGGAACGAGGAAGCGAUAAAGCUCCUAAAACGGGACGAACCGGCAAAACCAUCCCAACGCCCUCCCAGGGGCUGAACCGCACGGCCCCGGCCACUCCCCAGAAAGGAUCCCGAACGAACAAGAACUCGUCCCAACUAAAGUCAGGUUCAUCCCGACCUAGCCAAACAUACCUCGACCAAUAA